AUGUUAUCGAAAGUUAAUUUUUAGAAGAAGUUAAUUGGAUAUAAUUUUGCGAGAAGCGAUCAACAAGUUGCGGAUACAAAUUUUCACGAUGCUAUUAAAAAAAUUUAUUUAUUUAAGAAAAAUCAUACUCAUCUUUUUUUCGAUGCGAGUCCGAUUGCUGUUAAUUCUACUACAAAUGGCUGUAAUAAAUAUUUUCGUCUAACUGAGAACAGUUUUCCCGAAUACACAGUUCAAAUACACAGAUAUUACUACUAUGUGUGCGACACAUCAUUACUAUAAUGUAAUACAACGUUUGUAUAUAUUUACAGCGGUGCAAGCAGCGUCGAAAACGCUCAUGGAUUCCCUGAAUGAGAUCUACGAAAGUCAAUGGACUGGCCACGAUCUAUUGUACGUGCAGGCUCAAAACUUAGACAUGCUGUGGCAAGAUUUCACUCAUAAGCUUGCUGAUCAAGUUCUCGUGCCUCUCAACACAUAUCAGAGCCAAUUUCCAGAGAUGAGGAAAAAAAUUGACAAACGUGGACGGAAACUGGUGGAUUAUGAUAGUCAAAGACACAAUUUCCAAUCGCUACAGUGCAAUCCGAGAAAACGGGACGAGCUUAAAGUGUCGCGAGGGAAAGAGCUACUGGAGGAAGCUAAACGUACAUACGAACAACUUAAUUCUGAACUUCACGAUGAGCUACCUGCCUUGUACGAUUCCCGUGUUCUUUUCCUCGUUACUAAUUUACAAACGCUAUUCGCUGCUGAACAAGUGUUCCAUACUGAAAGUGCAAAGGUAUAUUCUGAGUUAGAAGCAAUCGUCGAUAAGUUGGCCAACGAAAGUCAGAGAGGAUCAUACACGCUGAAGAAGAAUACAGAACCACAGUCUCCAAAAUCACCAAAUGCCAACUCUGCCCGUGGAUGAGUCUGCUCCAGCAGCAAGAAACACAUCACCGACUACUCAAUUAAAUGGCAAUGCUAACAGCAAUGCUAACAGCAAUGAUAAUUCUCUCAAUAAUCAGGAUGCAUCUCCGCAAAACACGAUUGUGACAUCUAAGCGUGUAGAAGAGCUGUACGAUAUUCCAGUUGGUCCAUGACUAAUGAGGCGGAUUCAAUUAUUUUAGACGUGGAAUAUGAAAAUGGUACCAAUUUCUCUGUAGGGGCAACGACCGACAACUUGCCACCUGGAGUUUUGUACAGAGUCAAGGCUACUUACAAGUAUAGACGCGAGGACGUGGACGAAUUAUCAUUUGAUGUUGGUGAUAUUAUUCGUGUGAUAGAGUAUGAUGAUCCAGAAGAACAGGAACAAGGUUGGUUAAUGGGCAUCAAGGAAGGUACAAAUGAAAAGGGUAUGUUCCCAGCAAAUUUCACAAAACCGCUGUGAAAGCUUUACUAAAUUCGUCUAUUACACUCCAAUGCUCACUGAAACGGCGUAUUCUAUUUUAAGAAUAGUUACAAUACUAAAAAAGUGAGAGUCACGCAGUCAUCUGAGGUAUUAUACAUAUAAAAGAGAUAAAUAAUAAAUAUACAAUGAGGGGCAAUGGGAAGGGGAAAGGGGUGUGAUGAGAUAGUUAUGCUGGAGGGUACUAUGGAAAAUUAAGCACCCCAAAGUGCCUUAACCCAGCCACUGUCUGUGCCAACAUUCAUUGUUUGCAAUAUGGGGUUAUAUUCCCAUGUCCAAUGUACGGAUACACAUCAUUAAUAAUCAAAUGAAAUAUUUAAGUAAUUAAAUAAUAUAUUGUAAUACAUCAUACAAUACUAUAAUAUAAAACUUAUAUAUUAAAUUAAUAUUAUUUUAUGAAAUUGUACAUAGAAUUAUACAUUUUAAGAAUAUUUUAUGGAAUAACUUUGUGGCCACUGAAAUUAUCAGUAAGAACUAACCUAAUGUUUAAGACAGCUCUGUAAUGCCCUCUUUUGGUAGGGAAAUAUCAAAAUCUUAAAAAUCUAAUUGUCUGUCUGCAUUCUUUUGUUAAGAUUUUAUUUACUUUGUGAAAAAAGAAAAAUUAAAAUUUGUCUCGAAUAAGGAUAUUAAAAUAGAUAACAUGCCAAACUUUCAACGCUAUUCAAUAGCAUACACGAAAUAAUAUAGCUAAUCAUCCUUAUUUUAAUAUAUCGCUAUAUAAACGCAAAAUGUUAUUAUAUUUAAAUUAGAAUAUUAGAAUAACAAAAUUUUCUGUAUAAUUCUAUUGAAAAGAGUAUUAUAAGUUCUACCAAUGAUACAUAUUUGAAGAUUGUUUUCAAAAAGUUAUUUAUAUUUUUUAUUAUAUAAUAUAUUUUUCUUCAAUAACUAAUAAGUAUUUUUCUGGUAUAUAUAUAAAAUCUAAUGUCGAUCAUUAAUUAAAUUACAAUUACUGCCCUUAUAUCCACUGUAGCAAAAAUAGAACUAGUAUGAGCCAGUGGUCCAAGAAAAUCAAUUUGUAGCGCUAAAUAAUAUUCGUUAAAUAGAUUUAUUAAGAAAAUUUUACAUCAAUCUUCAUGUAACAAAUAGGGUUAUGAUAACAGAUGAUUAUAAAGUAGUGCAAGGCUACUGAUUUCAGCUUCCAUUAAGUUGUGUGUCUUUAUUUUAUGGUAUUGAUCUGAGACGUACAGAAAGUUGGAUUGUUUAUAAAUGAAAAGUUUUAUGGUUGACCGAUUGAUCCAUUGUCACACUAAUUAUUAACCCCAUAUACAGAUUAAAACUGUAGACAAAUAUACUAAUGUGUCAAAUAUCGUAGGUGCAUAUUAGGAAAACACGUUGAACAUAUGUUACAAUACAAUUACAUAGUUAUGAUAAUCAUAAUGAUAGUGGACGGACAUAUAUUUAUAUUCUAUGAAGAGGACCAACAGAAAAAGUAAUUGAAAAGCAAAAAAUAUUUAAAUAAUAAUAAUAACAAUAAAAACAAUAGCAUCAAUAUAUUCUGUUUUUAAGUAUAAUUAGACUCUAGUAAUUCACAUAAAAAUUCUAUAUGAAUUUCUAUUUUAUAUCAAGAAUAUAAAUUUAAUAUACAAUCACAACAUUAUAAUAUGACGCAGCAUGCUUCAUUUCGAAUUUAUUAUUAAAGUUAUCAUAUAAUUUGAACAAGUACACAAGUACAUUCCAACUACAAAUAAAUAAAUAAUAAAAAUUUUUGUUUCAUUGAAUAAUAUAAAAUUUAAAUAUACAAUUCUGUUGUGUAUCAUAUGUAAUAUAUAAUCUAAAGUGAAGUAUGAAAAAUAUUUAUUCAAGUAUAUAUUUAUAAAUUAUUCUAUUUUGUUCUUUUCUAAGUAUACAUUGCAAUAAUUGGAAAAAAAUAUCUUUAACAUAUACUGUAAAUGUGCCAAAAUAAUACAGUAUUCUGUAUUUCAAAAAUGUGAUGUUAUAUAUGCGAUUAUUAGAUUACAAGUGAACUCAAAUUUUGAUAUUACUUAGAACAGUUAUAAUUAUGAAAAACACAACUUUAUAAAAUGUAUUUGAAGUUACCUAUAUACGUUUCAGCAAUAACAUUGAUAGUGCUAAUCGUUUGGAAGUAGAUCUAUUAAUAUUACUAAUAUGAUAAAUUAUUCAAUUUACUUAAAAAUUAAACAAAUGCAUUUAAUUAACUUAAAGAAGAUAAGGGAUAAAUAUAUUGUUCUUCUGACUUUCGGUAAAAGCAAUAUACAUUACAAGUUUGCUAAUAUUAGACAUAAUAUAUUAUAGACAUAAAUUACAAUUGAAACGUCAUAUCAUAAAUUAAGUGCACUUAAUGUGCUAUUUCAAUAUAUUUCUACAAGAUAUAUUAUAUGUAUCUCUAAUAAGGUUAUUAUAAUGAAUAAUUUCGAAAUCUCGUUACACGAUAAAAUGUAUUUGAAAAAUAAUAAUUAUGUCUACUUAUCUUCUUUAUGUUACAUUUAUUUACUAAUGUAACAUAGAAACAACAAUUAUUUACAUUGAUUACAAUUUUAAAUGCACCUAAGUAAUAAUACUGAGGUUUAAAAUUUAGUGUAGCAGUGGAGCAAUCAAUUGUUAUAUCAUUUGUCAUUUUUAUGUCUUGUUGUUUAUUUUAUCGAAACAAUUAGUCAUAUCUUUAUAACCUUAAUAUAAGCUAAUAUAAUACGUAUAUACAUUUAUCGCUUUAAUUGUCCUUUUCAAUUGAAGACGAUUAUAAUAAAUAAUUACUGGUUUGUAACAUAAGUGUUUACAAUUCAAAUAUGUGUUUUGUUUAAUGCUCAACCUUAAGACAUACUUUCCUUAUAUCAAUCCAUUAAAAUUAUUUCCCGUGAAAUAAUAGGAGUGAAAAAAUCCCAUUAAGAAAAGUUUCAGUUUUA